CAUUGGGCUGUGGGAACAUCGGGAUGAUCCCCUUUAGACACACUGCCAGGCUAAAUGUCUCUCCCUGUGUCCAGUCUUGAUGCUAAGCUUAUGCUAAAUAUUUUUGGCAUUUCAAGUGGUUAUUCUAGCUGUGUGGGGCUGCUUAGCUGGUAGCUGCUAGCAGUAAAUUUGUUCCUGGAGUCUUCACUCAUUUUUCUGUGUGCAGUGUUACAUUAGCUGAGCUUUAUAGGUGCUGGUGCCAACUCUCACACUCCCUCCACCGCCUCAUCACGUAAACACAGAGGAGGGGCUCAAGAAUGUGAUCAAUGAUGUGGCUGCAGGUCCUCAGACGUAUAAAAGACCCUUGAAUAUCCUUCACAUAGGUAGUACCUCUGAUUACUUUCAGGUUCUGGUGAGAAGAUGAAGGCCAUGCAGGUGAUUUCCUUGACUUUGCUGUGUGCUCUGGCAGCCAACGCUCAGUUUCUGAAGUUCGGCAAAUGUCCCAAGCCUGCUGUUCAGGCAAACUUUGACGCCAGCAGGUAUGUUGGUAAGUGGUAUGAGAUCAUGAAGCUGCCAACAGCCUUCCAGAAAGGAGAGUGCGGCACUGCCACGUACAGCGCUAAGAGUCCUGGUGUCAUCGGGGUCCUCAACAGAGAGCUGCUUGAUGAUGGAACUAUUAAUUCUAUCGUCGGCUCUGCCAAGGCCAAGAACCCUGCUGAGCCUGCCAAGCUUGAGGUCUCCUUCGAUGACAUUCCAUCUCCCCCCGGUCCUUAUUGGGUGCUCUCCUCCGAUUACGAGGGUCACUCUCUGGUCUACGGCUGCACCGACUUCGGCCUGUUCCGCAUGGAAUUCUCCUGGAUCCUGAGCAGAGAGCCCACCCUGAACGAGGAGACUGUUGAGAUGCUGCACGGCAUUCUUUCCUCCAUCGGAAUCAAUCCCGACAAGAUGGUCUCCACCGUCCAUGAUGAGACUUACUGCAGGCCCAUGGAGCAGUAAACAGAGAUACUCCUGUUUCAACCUACAGGAAUGUUUGAAAGGCCAACCUGGAUUUACGACAUAGCACAAUACUGUAUGCCAUGUGUCUCACCUGUUCUGAGUUGUGAAAGUCAAAACAGUAAACCUGUAGAAAGAAAUGUA